AUGGAGAACGUUGCAGAAGCGUCUCCUCCGCCCGGCGACCCAGCGCCCAACCCUGCGGAUCCUCCAGGACCAAUUCUGAGCCCGACUUCCCCAGCUGAGCCGGCGGGCGAUGCUGCUGCUCCAGUAGAAGCAGACGAAGACAACAAGACCGUGCUGUCUGACCAGACCUGCUUGGAGGACCAGGAAGAGUCUUUGGGUGAUGUGACAGAGGGCAGCACGGACCUGGAAGCAGCAGGGCAAGACCUUGACAAGCUAAAUGCCGGUAGUUCAAGUGCAGCUGGUGCUGGCCCUGGUGCUGUAGCAGCUGGGCCUGGUGUUACUUCCAGUGGUUCUACAGUCGCAGCAGGUCUCAGUGCGCCAGCAUCUGACGCGGCUGGCUCCAGUCCUAUGACUUCUGGGCCUGGCUCUGCUGUGGCAGAAGCAGCAAGAGGGUCGGCUGAGGGCCCUCCGGCAAAUGUGGCAUUGGGCGCAACAGCAACUACAGCAGAUCCAGGUCCUACCACUGCAGCCAGCAUGGCCUUGGAUGGUUACGACAGCAAACGUGACUACCAAAGGAAGGAGGACGUCAGAAGCGAUCAGGUGGUUGGGACUGGUAUCCGCGAAAUUGGCAUCGUGGUGGACCAGGAGGCCCUGAUGGACCAAGUGGUUCUGGUGGACCUGGACCGUCGGCUGGAAGCUCGUCGUCCACGAUUGUCGCUUGAAAAAGGUGCGUUUGCGAAUUGGCUGGGUUGGGAGGUUCUGGAAAGGGUUAAGUGGCGAUGUGACGAUGAGCGGCUCCUUGGGUCGCUGCGGCUCUUUGGGCCGCCUUUUUUCACCCCAUGGCAGCGGCUCACUGGGCCGCCAUUGCGUCUGUUUGCGGCCUGCGGCUCUUUGGGCCGCUGGGCGUUGCGGCUCACAGGGCCGCCGCUUCUCUGGGGCCGCUGCAUCGCGGCUCUCUGGGCCGAGGUUUGGCAGCGGCUCUAUGGGCCGCUGCAUCGCGGCUCUUUGGGCCGCUGUUUGGCAGCGGCUCUAUGGGCCGCUGCAUCGCGGCUCUAUGGGCCGCUGCAUCGCGGCUCUCUCGGCCGCUGUUUGGCAGCAGCUCUAUGGGCCGCUGCAUCGCGGCUCUCAGGGCCGCUCAUUGAUUAG